AUGCCAGUCUUCAAAUGCCCCCCAAAGUCGGAGCCCCUAUGGAAGGGGUGGGACCAGAAGGCCCAGAAGAACGGACUGAGACACCAAGUGUAUGCUGUGAAUGGUGAUCAAUACGUGGGCGAGUGGAAGGACAACACAAAACAUGGGAAGGGAACACAGGUCUGGAAGAAGAAUGGAGCCAUCUAUGAAGGGGACUGGAAGUUUGGGAAGCGAGAUGGCUAUGGCACCCUCAGCCUUCCUGAAAAAGGAAGUAGAAAGUACCAGAGAGUCUACUCCGGCUGGUGGAAAGAGGAUAAGAAAUCUGGCUAUGGGGUCCAGUUUUUCGGACCCAAGGAGUUUUACGAGGGCGAGUGGUGUAGCAACCAGCGCUGCGGGUGGGGCCGAAUGUACUACAGCAACGGAGACAUCUAUGAGGGCCAGUGGUGGAAGGACAAGCCGGACGGGGAGGGCAUGCUGCGCCUGAAGAAUGGGAACCGCUAUGAGGGUUUCUGGGAGAGAGGCAUGAAGAAUGGACAAGGGCGUUUCUUCUACCUGGACCAUGGUCAGCUGUUUGAAGGUUUCUGGGUGGACGAUGUGGCCAAGUGUGGCACCAUGAUCGACUUUGGCCGUGAUGAAGUCCCUGAGCCAACUCGGUUCCCUAUUCCUGAGGUCAAACUUCUAGACCCUGAUGGUGUGCUGAAGGAAGCCUUGGCCAUGUUCCAGAAGACAGAAAAAGAAGGAGAUUGAUGCCAG